AUGUUGUCACCAAAUGGGAAUGGGACCAAUAGGGCUAAUGGGGAGGUAAUCAAUGGAGGCACCAAGAGCCAAGUAGUUAAUACGUUACAAUUGGAAAACUUGCUUUUACGAGAAGACGACGUAUUUUCAACGUCGUCGUCUCUUAAUUCCGGCUCCAACGAUUAUAUCGAGGAUCUAGCGCCGAUAAUAAAAGAUGCUGUGAGGAAUAAUGCGUUAUCGGACUUGAUAACCAAGCUCAAUGACAUUGUUAAGCAGAAAGACGAGGAUUUGAAUAAGGUGUCAAUGAGUUCAAUGAGUGAGAUAAAUCAGUGUAUGGAUACAAUUGCAAAUAUACACCAAAAAGCCGACUCUUUGAAUCGGCAGUUUUUGGCAGUUAGCCAGAGUUUAAGCAAAUCUUCUAUUGAGUUGAUAACGAAAAAGAAGAAUUAUGUCAAGAGUAAAGAGGUGUGCAAUCGGAUAAGCGAGGCCCAAGUCGUCCUUAAUGAAUGUGUCCAGGUGUUGGAGUUGAUGAACAAAAUACUAGAGUUGAUCAAGCAAACAAAAUAUUUCCUGGCCUUGAAAUUAAUCGAUGAGUUGACAAACAUACAUAUUCAGAAAGUUGGCGAGUUUAGUUUUGCCCAAAAGAUUGUUGAUUCAAUACCACAUUUAACCAAAAUGGUCAAGGAUGAUUCAUUUGAAAAUUUGAUUAAAUGGCUCUCCUUGAAUUUGGAGAGAAAAUUGACUGGUAUUGGUGAUGCAUUAUAUGACAAUCUUUACGAACUCCAGGAAAACUGGAUAGAAUGCAAGAGGAAAAACCAAACUUAUAUGCCAUACAAAUUGAACUCACCGGUUGAGUUGAGUUUAAGAGAUCCCGGGUUGAAUUAUUGUGUUUUUGAUGACGAAACUUUACAGAUUCCAUUGAGUAGCGUUUAUGAUGCAAUAUUAGUUUACCGGACUUUGCACGAGUUAGAUAGUCUCAAUCAAAUAUAUUACAAAGAAUGGAUGAAGAAGUACGGAAGAAUCAUAUAUCCAAUAACUUCGGCAUCUUCAAGUAAAAAGGAAAUUGUUUUUGAUUCAAAGAUGUUGGAUGAUUAUUUAAGGAAAAUUGCUGCGUUUUUUGUAAUGGAUAAGCAACUCAACCUCUUGACAAAAUUUCAAUUAAGAACCAAUGUUCAAGCAGAUGAGUUGUGGAUGUCCUACGUUUCGAAAUUGAAGCCAGUCUUGAUUUAUACUCUCAAGAGCAAUGAUUUUUACGAUCUUGAUGAUCUAGGCACAUUCAAAGAUAUAAUUGGCGAUUUUAUGCAAGUCAUGGACUCUAAUGAAUAUGAUGUUAGUGAGCUAUACGAAGUUAUGAUGAUCAUUUUUAAAGAUUACUUUGCACCAUUAGUUGUGCAAACAUUUAGAAAAAAAUUUGUGGAAUCUUUACAAUCGGAGUUCUACACCGCAUUACAAGUGAACAAAGAAGAAUACGAAGGAGUGAUGAGGAGGAUAUUCUAUGAUCAAAACGCUCCAUUUGCACAAAAAAAUAUACGAUAUUUCCCAGUAACGUUCCCAUUUAGUGAAGAUUACGUGCAUUACUGUGGAUAUGUGCGAACACUAAUAAACAAGACGUUGAAAUUCACCAAUACCUACUAUCUUUACGAAGUCAAUGAGAUCAAUAACAUCAUAGUAAACAACAUAGUAGAGGUGUUUUUGAGUAACCGAAAGGGGUUCGGAAUUGCUUGGGAAAUUGAAGAUUUUAUUAAAAAAAAUGAAAACAACAAAGAAGUCAUAGCACAAAGUUUUGUUAAUUUGGAGUAUUAUCUUCUUAGUUUGUAUAAAGUUGGAGUAUUAUUGAAUCAAAAAUUGAGGCAAAAUACAGGAAUGGGGAUACUUAACAUAGACACCAAUGAUACUUUUACACUAACGGCAGUAGAAGCAUUCACCAAGUUGAGGAAAUUUUCCGAGGACACAGUAUACAAGAUGGUUGAUACCAAGAUCACUGAAUUGCUCGAACUGGUGGAGUAUGAUGACUACUUACCCGUUGACAGAAACACUGAAGCUAAUUUCGCCGUCAAAGAUUUUGCUAUGUUCUUGGAAAAUUUGUUUACUUCUAUAUUUGAAAAUCUACCAUCUCAAAUCAGGACACUUGGAUUAUUUAGAAGUUAUGAUUUCAUAUCGCAGCAUCUUCUUGGAGUUUUGAAGAAUGCCCUGGAGUUUAAUGAAACUUUUAUCGAUAAUUUUGAUUUGGAUAUCCAGUAUCUUGAGAAAUCAAUGAAGAAUCUCAGCAAUGUCACCGAAGGUGGUGGUAGUGGUAGUGGUAGUGGCAGUGGUGGCAGUGGUGGCAGUUCAGGGGCAGAAGCAGAAGGAGCAGAAGGCGAAGGAGGCGGGGGGCAAGGGGAAGAUUCGUCCCAAGGUAAUGUUUCCAUCAAGUCUACAUUUUCCGAAUUACGACAAACUGUUGAUUUAUUGAAAUCACAAAAUUUCGAAGAAUACCUAACAAAUAGUUCAUUCAGAAUGAGACAAUAUAAUAGUAUCAAGUUUGAAGAUGGUAAAAAAUUGAUCAACAAAAUGCAAGGUGUAAAGACACCGCCAUCAUUAUCGUAUACAUCACCAGUGGUACCACAAUCUCUGCAGUUCCAAAGAAGUGGUACUAUAAAAUCACUAUCGCAUUCCAUUUCAGGAGGGAACUUUGCUAGUAUCAUCGGAAACCGGAACAAUGACGAUGCAAACUCUACAUCAGCAGGUAGUUUAGAGUCGUCCAACUCAAAAUUCACUCACUUUACAGAAAGAUUCAAACAAAAUAAGCAGUGA